CGUUUAAAUUCACCACCACCCAUUGCAGACUAUCGGAGACUUCAGAUCAACUACACAAACAGCAACAGGUAGCAAGUCUAAAUCCCUCAAAGUUUCCAUUUUUAUUUUUUCUGUCUGCAACAAUUUCCUAAUCCAUGGACGACAUAUUCGGAGAGUCUCUGAACUUGGAAGAGAUCCACAUCAAGCAAGGCUUCGACGAAGGCCACAAAGACGGCCUGAUCGCCGGAAAAGAGGAGGCCAGGCAAGUGGGCCUCAAGGUGGGCUUCGAGGUCGGCGAGGAGCUCGGGUUCUACAAGGGCUGCGUGGACGUAUGGAACUCUGCGAUCCGGGUCGACCCGACCCGGCUCUCGACCCGGGUCCAGAAGGGGGUGAAGCAGAUGGAGGAGUUGGUGGAGAGGUACCCGGUAAUGGAACCCGAGAAUAAGAGCGUGCAGGAGAUAAUGGAGGAUUUGAGGUUGAAGUUUAAGGCGGUUUCUGCUUCUUUGGGUGUGAAAUUGGAGUACAAAGGGUACCCGAGAGCUUCCUCUUCUGGGGCUAAAGACGUUGCGUUUUGAGUUGAAUAUUUGUUGUUGUUGUUGUAAAAGCUUACUGGGUUAGUUUGAAAUUGAGGUUUUGGUAGCUAAAGUUGAGAGCUUUGGAUGUGGGAUGUGAGUUAGCUUUUGGGUUGUGGGUGUUCAUUACUGGUUUAACUCACUCAUUUUCUCUAGUUCUACAUUUUUGUUUGCUCAAUAGCUUCAAAUUUUGGUCUAAAGUAAAGCGACCAGUAAUGUUAUACACUAUGAACAUCAAAGAACGCUGUUUUCGAUAUGGUAAUCUUAUGAAUGAAUUCUCUUGUUUUC